AUGGCCUGGAUUCGAGCGAUAUACUGGCGGCCAGGACACGAGGGCGUGGGCAACAGGCUGAAGUGGAUCUGCGCGGAUUGCUUCGCUCGAGGCUUCAAGAAGAAGUCAGACUUCUGCUUCGUCUGCUCGACAGGAGCCGCUAUCAAGAAGCACCUUCGUAACGCCCACGGAAUUCUGGCCCCAAACGACGUUGCAGGAGGCGUGCGAGCCUCAUCUUUGGACGGCCGGCCCAUCACACACUUCAUUGGUGCCGACUUCAACAACCCGCACGACCAGUUCCUUGUCAGCAAGCUGCGGGGAAGAUUCAACAGCAAAGGGCUUCGGGUGCUCCUACUUGACUGGAUCACAUACCAUAAUCUGCCAUUUGAUAUCGUCAACACAGAGAGGUUCCAACGGCUCCUUCUCUACGGCAAUCCGCUCCUUGAUGCGACUCAUAUCCCAUCUGGGAAGACGCUACUUCGCAUGCUCGAAUCUGAAUACAGGGGUGCCGUCGGGCCCGUAACGGAAGUACUUCGCACCGCUCGAUCCCAGGUUCACUUCUCUUUCGACGGCUGGACAUCUCAGUCCUACACUGCAUUUCUGGGCAUCAAUGCUCAGUUCAUUGAUCACAACUUUGCUCAACACCGCAUCCUCCUUGGGCUGCGACCUCUCUUGGGUAAGCAUAACGGUGCCUCGCUUGCCGAUGAGGUCGCCGAUACACUGGCAUUCUGGCAAGUCAACAACCCGGACACGGUCGGCUACUUCACGCUGGACAAUGCUGCCAACAAUGACACCUGCAUGGAAGACCUUGCCUUUGAGCACGGCUUCUCACCCGAAGAGCGACGGAUCCGCUGCGCUGCACAUAUCCUCAACCUCUGUGUGCGGGCAAUGCUGUACGGUUCGAAGCAGGAGAAUUUUGCUGCAAUUGUUGCUGCCGAUGGGGAUGAUCUAGAUGACGACGAGGAGCAAGUUGAUCAAGCUAUCGACGAGGCCCUAAAUGGAGAGAUGAAGGACGGUACGGACGAAGACCCAGGAGCAAACACUGCCGUUGACAUCCCAGAAGAGGACCCCAUAUCGUCUCACCCGGCUCCGGACGAGAUCAAUGCUGCCAGCUUCAGGGAGUACAGUCAGAACGGCGCGCCCGGAAUGCUUCAUCACAUCGGUCUUCAGCUGCGAAACACACAGCUGUACGAACAGUUUCUUCAGUCUCAACGCAAGGAAUCCGGGCAUGGAACAACACUUCACUGGGCCUUCAACAAUGCCACCCGGUGGAACUCGGACAUGCGUAUGAUGGAACGGGCUCUUCGACUCCGCCAGGCGCUCAAUACCUUCUUCAAUGACGUUCAAAAUCGGUGGGAAACGGAGGGCCUCUAUGACCGAACGAAGCCGGCAGUUCUGCAGUGCCGCUUGAGUGUGUACGACUGGAAAGUUAUCGAGGUACUUGUCAAGCUUCUCAAGCCGUUCGAGAUUGCCACCAAGCAACUUCAGGGCAAUGGUAUUCCCGGCGGUAGGUCCACAUGUGGCAGUUUCGAUGAAUACUUCCCCGUCUUUGAGAUUUUGCUUGACCACCUCGAAAGUGCUAUCGAAGGCACAAUCUUCGAAGAGGUUGAGGAUCCAGUGACUAGGGAGAAGAAGGACGUCGAAGUAGCCAUUUAUGACGGGCUCGAUAGCAGGACCCGCAGGUUGCUCAAGGUCUAUAUCAAGCUCGGAUGGAAGAGAGCAUCGAGCUCCGUGUCCUUGGCCAACAGGUCCGGUACCGCAGCCGCGUCCUCUAGGUCAGGCUCCGCCUCCUGA